CCUUCUCGUCUCCACAACAACACCACACUUACACGAAAAUCGAACAUGGCGGAUAACGUCACGUCAAGUCAAUCACCUACAACAAUCGCAACGGAAAUGGACGUGAAUACGACUGAACUCACUGCGUUCCANACCUCCCUGUCGACUGAAGUGAGCCACCGCGUCAGGACUGUUUACCUCAGCGGCCCAAUCAAGAUCAUCUUGCCAAUCGACGAACGUGAGGAAAUUAAGACGGUGAAUCGCGACCAGCGCGACCUUCACUUUGACGCGUCUGCAUCGCUCGUAGUCAGCGCAAACACCAACACUGACAAUAGCGAGACUGUUCAGCUCAGCGGCCCCGUCAACAUCAAGUCUCCUGUCGAACACUGCGGCAACGUCAGCUCCAUAGGCUCUGCUUCCAAUACGCACGCGAUCGGCUCCCUUUCUCUUACCAUGGAAGAUUCGUCUUCCGUGGUCAAGCAGCUCGACUGUAACCGUCCCGACGACACUUCAUCGCCUUUCUGCUCUUAUCUACCUGGAAAUGAGGUUGUCCUCAAGAGUCCCAACAGCGAUGCGCCGAUCAACGCCAUGAUCGUCCAAAGUUUUCCGGCAACCCUCUCCUGCUGCAUGGUAAUUCGCUUCGUCGAGCCGCAUGUCUUCAGUAACAUAUCUGAAUGCGUGCUCAAACUCUACGACCGCCGCUUCUCAACCCAGCAUCGCGAAGAUUGGGAUGCCUCGCCUUGGUCCCCUGAGCUCGAAAAGGAAUACCAGGACUUUGUGGAGUGCGGUGAUGCUGAAGAGAUUUUCAGCUAUUGGGACGCGGAAAAGGAACGAAAUGACGAGUGGUCGGCGGCCGAUGUUGGCAACCACGACAGAUGGGGUGUCGCGAAGCGCGAGGCGUAUCUCCAGUGGGAUGCAACAAACAUCUUUGACACUGAGAAGAAGGCCUAUGAGCACAUGGCUGGCCUGCAAGGAGAAGAUGUCCCCAUGGUCUUUGGCGAAGUUGUGCUGGAUCAGCCAACUGCCUUCCAGAAUCAAAGCGACGGCAUCAAAGCUGGCAAAGACGAGGCCGAAGAUAUUCAGGAAGACUCAUUUUCUACCACCUCAUUCGAUGCCGACAACAACCCUCAUAUCGUCAACAUCCCCGGAAUUCUCAUGCAGUAUAUCGACGGCUUCCAUCUCACAGAUCUAUACAAGCAUCUGCCUCAAGAUUGCUGGCAAUCCAUCGUCGACACAGCAAUCGAGAAACUCCACCACAUCCAGGAAUGCGGCAUUCUCAACCACGACGUCAACACACGUAGCUUCAUGGUUGAAUCCCUGGCCCACAAAGUCAUGAUGAUCGAUUUUGGCAUGGUCUCGUUUCGUGAAGACGUUGAAGACGAUAGAGAGUGGGAGCUGCUCCAAGCAGAAGAGGAUGAAGAAGGUGCCGUCGGUCUGCUCAUGCAGACAUACUUGAAGGAGAGAGGUGGNGGUGCGAUCACCUACAAGCCCAGCGAGAGUUAUUGGAGGUUGAAGUACCGCUACAGAGGUAUGGAAGGCCAAAGGGAAGGCGGUACCGAAGAAGAAGAAGAGUAUGUCAGGAAGCACACAGACUUCGUCUUCACGAGUUGA